CAAACUUUCGCAGCCCAAACAUCACUAUACCUCAAAAACCCAAUAAUCCAUCCACUUCAACUAUCCCUUUUCUCCAUAUUGGACCAUCUCCCAUAUCAUCAGAUAUUACGGACCAACCAAACAAACACUCAUCCAAUAUACACCCACUAAAUCCACCUAACACACAUCGUACUCACCCAAUUCCCAUUUCUUCUUCCUUUUUAUGAUUCAAUCCCUCCGUCCCUUUCUCAGCAAAAUGCACAACCCGAAUCCACCUCCCACAAAUCAUCACCAAUUCACUAUCACCGUCACCAUCUAGUCCGCAAUCAUUCUUAUCUGACACCACUCUUCCCACCGAACAAUCCCUCUCCGCUACUCCUUCAUCUUCACAUUCUUCUUCUUCCCCAACCACACAUGAAGCCGCUGCCACAUCCCCUGUAACUGCCAUUACCGAUGCUCCUCCCGUCCAAGCCCCUCGCAGCAGUCAACGUCACUCCAAGCCUCCGAUUUGCGCCUCUCUAUCUUCAUUUGCAAUUCUUAUCUUACUACUCCAACUUCUACCUCCUCAAGUUGACCGAUGUCAGACAAAGGGAAAGCUAUAGCCACUACUUCUAAGAAGAGAAAGCGCUCUAAAACCUCUACCUCUUCACCCUAUGAAAAUUAUGCUAAAAAUCCCCUGAAUGAAGUGGACAAAGAAAAUCAGCUACUCCCAUCCACUGAUCCAAUCAAAUUCUCCAACCUCUACUGUGAGCUUCGCUUCCCUAAAUUCCGGAAGACGAACCUAAACAUUGAAAAGAAGCUGGUCCUUCCCAAUGAUGUGAGACGCACCAUAAACACCCGUAUUCUGGAGUUGGGAUUGGACUUUGUUGACAGAGAUUUGGGAAGGAUAAACAUUUCAUGGGUGAGAGAAUUCUACUGCAACUUCUUUCGUGCCACUCUCGAUUCAGUCCAGCUGAGGGGUAGAGAGAUUCUGAUCACUGAGGCAGCCAUUGGGGAGGCGUUGCUUUGCUGACCUCGCACUGAUGGCACAUGCGCCUAUCAGUAGGCAGAGGUAGCCAUCCACUGCAUGACAUUCGAUUAUGAGGCACUUAAGCGCGUGAUUGCCACACCUGACGCUCCCUGGGUGAUGGAUUCUACUAACAAGAAGCCUAAGGGGAUGCUUUUCACCUAUCUGUCGAGAGAGACCAAGACUUGGCAGCAUAUAUUCGCCCAUUAUGUCCUGCCCACCACUCACUUCUCAGAGAUCCCGAUGGAUAUGCUAGUUUUGAUUGGAUGUGUGAUAGAGGAGAAAGAGGUAGACUUCCCCCGACUAAUUAGGCAGAGUAUGUGGUGCGCGCACAUUCGUGGUCUAUUGCCAUUUCCUACACUGGUUACCAGCAUGAUUGAGCUGGCUGAUGUUCCGUGGGAGGACGAUGAUGUGACACCACCACCCCUAGAUGACGACGAUAAGGAGCUUACCAUUCCAUGGGGUGGGUGGGUGCACGAGAAGCCUCCACCCAAGCGCCGUUCUCGAGCCAGAGUAAUGAUGGAGGCAGCUCAGCCCUUAUCAUCAGCAGCAGCAGCAGGACCCCCUCUACUUCAGCAGCCGCAGCAUCCUUACCACCACCUCCUGCACCUGAGUCGACAUACCUGUUGGUACAGUGCCUAUUUCGCUCUAUGGAGCGCAGCGAGCGUCGUAUCAUGCGACGUCUCGACUGCAUAGACCAGGUGUUUGUCUCCCAGGGUAUUGAGCUACCUCCGCUCCCAGACUCUCCCGCCUCCGACGAGCAGGAUCAGGAGGAGGAGCAUGUUGAGGAGCCGACUCAGCAGGAGGCACCACCAGAGACACAGGCCGCCACAGAGAUUCCACAACCUCCUAAGGAUCCACAGCCUGAGUCACAGCCUGAGCCUGAGCCACAGCCUGAGCCUGAGCCACAGCCUAAGCCACAGCCCGGCGCAAUUGUUGACCCCAUCCCGAGCAUCAGCAGUAGCAUCGAAGAUGAUGUUUCAUCCUAAAGUGUGGGGAGGUCACCGUUCGUGACCGGUGAAUAGCAUUUAUGUAGUGAAUUUUUAGAUAUUUAUCCUCUAGUUUUUGCUACUUUAUUUUAUUUCGCAUUUUACUCUUGCACUUUAUCUUUGAGAUCAUUUUGGGAUUACUGUAUAUAUUUGUCAUU